AUGUGUUUACUUAAAGGAUUGUACGCAGGGCCGGAAAUGCCGCACAGGGCCGGUAAUGCGGCACCGUUUUUGUUAGGAAUGGUCGAAUAUGCACCAAAUUCCGCCGUGGUGCAAAUGAGUCGUGUGGUGCAUUUUUGUUUUUUUGUUAAGAAUGCCCCUGAGUGGUUGCCCAAGCUAGAUAUCCAGAAAUUAUUUCUGUGGACUUUUGUCUAUCUAGCUAGAUCUCCUGUGGGGGCCCACCAUGAACACAAAUAUCAUCUCUUGGCGUCAUCCCUAGAGUCUAUUUGUUACAUGUUAGGCACAGUAGGCAACGUGGAACAUCCUGGUUGCCACAUGACCUACCAAUUUCUGUUUCUAGAAAGGAACAACUUUUUGUUUCCUUCAGAAAUCUGCUCUGCUCAAUCACCUACCAAGCUACACAAACGUCUUGAUCUACCUGAUGGGGAGGAACUCACGCUCCCUACAAUAAUCACCUCAAUUGAUCUAUCUGAUGGGGAGGAGUUGGCACCCCCUACAAAAAUCAAAUCCAGUGACAAUCAGACCAUUAAGACCGUUGUUUAUUCUAGUGAGGAUGAAUCAGAUAUAGAAGACGUUCUGCUAGGAAAUUGGGACCUCAUUGGACAAACUUUCCUUCUCUCACCAGAUGAAAGUUAUGUUCGACGUGCUAAGAUUGUUGAGCUUAACUACAAGCACAACCGCAACAAGGACAUUGAGCCUGCACAUAUUCAACUAUGCCUGAACAUUGACAAAGGUGAAUAUGAACGUGUCAUGGCUUACCGUAACAUCCACAAGUGGUCAGAAAUUGACGCAGACACCCCCAUUGUUUGGAAUCUCAAGUGGGUUGUAUGCUGCCAUCACUACAUUCGACUUGAACACCCUUCUUACCUGGGUCUGACCUUUUGUAUGGCCAUUGGAUGGAAACAUGGGGAGAAUACUCCAGAAGCACUGAGCAUCACUGGAGCCGAUGACUCAGUGACCUACACUAUACAUGCCAGAAAUCACAACCUGUUGGAAAGUCAAGCUUGUAAACCUCUUGGAAGUAUAGUGAAGGACAAGUGGAAAUUCCUUUGUCCAACCAAUCAAGUCAAGCUGAGAUUGCUACAUACUACUACACCAAAGUAUAUGUACUACUACAAGAUCCAGAAGGAGCACAAUGGUGUCCCUCAACUUGACAAACCCCAUGGCAACACCAACUGGAAACAUGCCACCAAAGUCAAGAUAGAUCUGCUUGCAAGGUACAAGGUCCUUGUGGAUAUGGGGAGAGGAAUCCCAACACCAAAAGAUCACCAAAAGUUCCAAGUCCGACAUUUCAAUGCCCUUAAACAUUGUGACAAACACAAGCCCAGACUCCUACCUUAUGGUGACUUUACCUACAUACUGCCAAACAAAACAAAACCCUACUGUCUAUUGACAGACCAAUCGGUUGCCGGUAUAAUCCGUCAUAUGAUGAAUGGAACCUCAUUCAAUUUCUUAUCUAAGGAGCAGUCAACUGUUGGGACUGCAACUAAUGGUUCUGAGUUUGUCACCACUCAAACCUGUGUCAAACAGAUUAUGGAUCUCCAACAAACCUUGAGGUACCUUGGUGUGUCGAUCCAAGGUCAAAGCUACAUGUCUGGUGACAAUGAAUCUGUCAUGAAUAGUUCUUCCCUACCUGAAGCUAAGCUACACAAUCAAGAUGUUGCAUUGUCAUUCCACCGUGUGAGAGAAGCAGUAGCAGCUAACAUGCUAUCUAUUAUCCACAUUGACAGUGCUCUCAACCCAGCUGAUAUUCUCAGCAAACAUUGGGGUGAUCAGCAAAUCUGGACACUACUACUGACUCUAAUGUUCUGGUCUGGAGAUACUGCUGAACAAGAGGACUAG